AUGGUUCGCGCCCUGCUUCUCGGCCCCGCGCUAUUCCAGUUUGUCGACCCCUUCCGCACUCUUUCCGGUUUCCUUCUGGAUCUCUCGGGGGCCUUUUUCAACGGAACGACGGGCGUCUUCGGGAAGCUGUUCGCAUCGCCGGAUGUCGACUUGUUCGUCUUCCACUUCUGGGCGUGCCUGGGGGUUGCGCUCACCGCCGCUCUAGUUCUCUUUUUCAGCCCGGUGACGUGGACGCCCCUGGGGCUGCUCAGCGGCGGCCUGCUUGUGCUUGCGCUCGCGUGCAUCUUCACGGCAAAUAAGCUCAUCGGGGUCUCCCUCCGGGCCGGAAUCGCGAACGGAACGGCGGCUUUGGUCUCCUUCUCUUUCGGCCUUCUCCUGGACCCAAUGCGGCGGAAACUGAGCAACCUGCCGCUGGCUCUAGGCGGCCUCUCUCUGCUUAUGGCCGCGGUCGUGGGCAUAGCGUAUGCGGGGGAAAGGUCGUUCCAAGUGGAAGAUGAAUACGAGAGGCUGCUCAAGGGAAAGCGAAGCGACCGGGUGUCAGGAACGUGGCCGGGUUACUCAGCGGGGCUGUUUCUGGCGGUUCUGGGGGGAUCCCUGACCGGGCUCACUCUGGCCCCCAUGCAAUACGCGCCGUACGAUCAGCGCGGCCUGCGUUAUUUGCCGUCGAUGGCGGUCGGGAUCAUCGUCUUAGCCCCGGUCGUCGAUCUGCUGGCGCUCGCCGCUCGGGGGAAGCGCCCCGAGCUGAAACCGGAAAAGGCGGCCGCCCCAGGCCUCGCCGCCGGACUCUGCCGAACCCUGGGCCUGGGCUCCGGCAUCGUGUCCAUCCGGUACCUGGGCUACACGCUCGCGUACCCCAUCUUGCAGUCCGCCAUGUUCGUGGCCGGGCUGUGGGGCAUCUUUGUCUUUCACGAAAUGAAGGACCCACAAGCGCGGAGAGUCUACUGGCUGUCCGGCCUCUCCAUGCUUGUGGGGGUGUCUUUGCUCGCACUCUCUAGGUAG